AUGCCUUCGGAACAGGGACACCGACUCUAUGUCAAGGGUCGCCACUUGAGCUACCAGCGUGGAAAGCGCAACACCAACCCUAACACGAGUCUGGUCAAGAUCGAGGGCGUCGAUGACCCCAAGGCUGCCGGCUUCUACCUGGGCAAGAAGGUCGCUUUUGUCUACCGGGCCAAGCGUGAGGUCCGGGGCUCCAACAUUCGCGUGAUCUGGGGCAAGGUCACCCGGCCGCACGGCAACUCCGGUGUUGUGCGCGCCAAGUUCCGCAACAACCUCCCUCCCCGCUCCUUCGGCGCCACGGUCCGCGUCAUGCUCUACCCCUCCAACAUCUAA